AUGGCAUGUGGUGACUUUGGCAAAAUGGAAUUUUUGGUGCACUCUUCCUUGCACGACCAGGCACCGCAGCGAGUACAACUGAGGGUACGAAAUCCCCUUUCUGCGGAGGACAUGUUGCAGCAGAUUCGAAAUCAGUUCGUCCAACUGAAGCAACAAUCAGCAGGCGCUGGUCCAUCGGCCCUUCUUGGGUCUCAUUUGUUCUUUUUUAGUUCAGAAGAGGGCUGCUAUGUGCCACUUGACGGGCAAUCAGCAAGUGUAUUACAUAAUUAUGGCCGUUUGCUGGUGCAUGCCCCCGUAACGCCAUCUUCCGAGGAGCCCGAUCGCCCAACAUCAUCGCAGCACACACCUCGUCUCGCCCAACGCGGCCCUUCCAACGUCGGUAGCGGCUCCACAGCAGCUGUAGAAAAGAGGGAAGUGUGUGGUAAUAAAUGUGCAAUAAGUCAUGACUCAAACAAUCAACGGAAUGAAAACAGUCAACCGUCCAAGCUACCACCACUGGAGACAGAUAUUGCAGGUAAUGAAGGACGGGAAGGGGAAAUCGAAAUGAAACCCACUAUGAUAAAGGCAGGCCCCAUGUUAACAAUGGAGCUCAUGCUUAAAGUAACGGGAGUUAUACUAAGUGAGUAUGCUGCACGUCUGAAUGAGAGUGUGAUUGAACCAACAGAAGAGUCUCUGUGGGGUCUUAUAGAAGAAGUCCUUUACGGCGAUGGGAACACCAUUCCCUAUUCGCUUGAUCCCCAUACUGUGGAUGCAUUUACACGAACCAUUGUGAGAAGUUUAUCAAAUAAAGGCAAGUCUGACGAGGAAAGUGUGUGA